AUGCGCACAUCGGCCAACCUCAUAGUGAUCUUCAUGUGUGGUGUUGACCUCAACUGGAUCUUGCACAUGGUGUCUAUCAACCUCGUCACCGGAAUUUCCGGCAGGUGGCAGUAUGACCGCACUUCAACCUGCACCUAUUCUGCAUUCAUGGUGCAGUUUUCCAGUAAAGCCACAGGAUUUUCGCUGUGUGUCAUUAGCUUGAACCGGCUUUUGAUGAUUACCCGGCACGAACUCUAUCACAAGGUCUUCAGGGUAAAAUAUACCGUCGCUAUGUUGGUUUUCGUUCUUAUUGCGUCUUUGGUUAUAUCACUUCCGGUGACCGUUAAAGGCAUCCAGAUUUACAUAUUGUACUCCGACCAAACUGGUUCUUGUUUCGCCUAUGACGCUGAUCCGACAAAAGCUUUUCAAAUCACCAACAUAUUUUGCGCAAUAAUUUUGCCCAGCGUUGUGAUGAUUCCAUCCUACACAUGGAUAUUUUGUUUCGUGAGGAGGAGCAAGCGUCGAGUGGCGGCCGGGAACGCCGUCCGAAUGACGUCCAUAUCGGUGAAAGAAGAGCUGCGCAGCGCCCUCGUCAUUUUCCUGUCGUACAUAACGUACUGUUUGUUUUACGUUCCAUUCUACGGCGUGUAUUUGACAUUCCUGACAGGCGGUACGGUGUCGACGGAGGUCUUGGUGGCAAGCAGUUUCUUGACAGAUUUUCAUCGUUUCAUUCGACCAAGCUUAUAUCCGAUCCUGGGGACUUCUUACAGACAAGCCCUGGUCAGAAUGUUCAGCUCAAGGUCAGCACAGACAUCAACAACAACAACGUCUGAACAACAACGAUCUGUGCCUACCAACGCCACAGCCAUCAUCAGAUGA